GAACUCUACACGUAAAUAUUUUUAAACUAGACUCGACCAUGUUUUCAAACAUCUGCAGGUUUUUGUUCUUUGUUAUGAUGAGAAAUCUUUUUUUAAAUCCCGCAGCUCAAGUACAGACAACAAGAAACAAAAAAAGGUUUCCGAAUGUUAUCCUAGAAAAUUCAUCAUGGACAGAAAAUAUCAUUAUUCAAGCAUCUAAGGACGUGAAAACUGUUCCGUCUCGAGAGGAAAUCAAUAUAUCUCCAUGGAUUUCAUUUGCAGGUAAUACAUCAAUUCGGCAUUGGUCAUAAUAAAGUUACUCUGACUCUGAUUAAACUAGAUCAAUGCGACAGUUAAAACAAUAGGUAGAACGGCUUCGUGACUUCACCAGACUGAAAAAAGCAGAGGUAAUUGUUACCUUUCUAAUAAAAAAAAUCUAUCUACUGAUCAAAGGCAAACAAUCAAAGAAAGAAACAUGCCAAUAGUACCAGAAACUUUUUUGUACAAUCAUAAAAUAAAUAUCAUUAAGAGAAGGUUAACACUUUGUUAUAUCAUUAAAUCUUUCCACUUCACUGGUAAACAUGUUGUCUCUUACAUACCAGUGAAAUGAUAAGCUGUAUAAAACCAGUUAGGCCACAACUUUUACGUGAGCAAAUCUUAGGACAAACACUACAAAAUUUACCCUCAUCUGUUGACUAUUUCUUGUUUUUGUUAUUAUUAUAUUUUCAUAUUGUGAUUACUAUGGUUGUGGAAAUUGGAGUAUUGAUAAAUUCUCCACACAGACAAAGGUUAAAGACACUUUUGAUCGAACAUUUCAAUACGAUGCACUUCGCGCAGAAAACAUGUAUGACUGCACUUUUAAGUGUUCAUCAUAUGUAGGUGCUAAUUAUAUCGUAUAUUUUAAAAUGGUUUGUCAGUGUAUUAUGAAUCUUGAUGAAGAACUGGACACAACGUACAACUAUUGUGUGAAUAAAUGUUCAUCAUUUUAUGACCUAUACUGCCAAGGUGAUAUUGGAGUAUUAGUCUUUGCAAUUGAAAGAAACCAUACAGCUCAAACGGAAGAAAUAGAUAUAUUGUCAAAGCAUAAAGUGUAUAAUAUGUCAAGUUCGACUUGUCUUGUAAUAGCGAAGGGUGUAUACACAACAGAGCAGAUGGUAUAUUGCAGACGGAAACUGAUGGAUUUUUAUUGUGAUGGCAAUAUUAUUAGCAUCAUAUUCCGAUUAAAUAUUAAAUACUUACAAUGGAUUUGUAAACGGUUUCAAGAUCCUCUAGCUAAACCCUACUUCAGAGUUAUAUCACGAAUAGACAACAAAAUCUCAACCACUGCUUUCAAUAAGCCAGACAGCUCCAUAUACAUGAACACAUCCACAACAACACCUGUACUUGCUGACGUACCAACACCAAAUAACUACACCAUAAUAAUUUGCAACUGUAUUCUAUUUUUGCUGGUACUUCUUGUCUGGAUCAUAUUAUACUUAAAGCACUUCAGGCCAGGAAAACAAGAUACGACGCUCAAGAAGCAGGCAUCAUCCACAAGACAGGAACAAACAUCUUCAACCAGCCAAUCACCAAGGACAUCAAAUUACGAACAAAUAAGUGAGGUCAGCAUUUCACGUCCUUUUCGUAUUACAAAUGAAACGUAUAGCGACACAUGUAUUCCUGAAUGAACCGACUUUUUAAUAUUUUGUUCUUAUGUAUGACAUGUAUUUACCACUUGAUCUAUUUAAAAUAAAAAUAUUUGCCAUU